CAUGAAACUAACAGGAAGUUAGCCAUCAUCAUAGCAGCUGAUGCCUUUGUGUUGUUUAUAUGCUAUACCGAUCAAAAGAAAAUUGAGCUUCUGGCUUAUGAGAUCAAAUUUAACAUUAAAUUCACUUCUGAGCCGAUGGCAUCUGUUUUUUAUGUAUCGUGAUGCCUCAAAGUUCCAAACACAUUUUUGGAACGAUUUCGAAGCGGUCGGUAUAUUUUACUAAUAUCAUUUAUCUGCAUAUUAUUUUAAAAUUAAAUGAUUAAAUUUAAAUGGAUAAUUUUUUUAUAGGGCAUUAUAGGCCUAUUUAUUAUUCAUGAAAAUGAAAGGAAAUGAAAGAAUAGUCAAAUAAAAGUGGUCAGUGAGUAGAAACUAGGUCUAUGUUAGUAAGAAAGUAUAAAUCUGGCAUUCUCUGUCCCACGGAUGAACCCCCUUACAAACUUAACCUCAAGUUAGUUUAGUGGAUCAGGAUCAAUUUUCGGCCUUUUGGUAACUUAUCUAUUCCUAUUGGAGUUUUUUUUAGACUUAGUGGGCUGGUUUUGAGUUAGUGGUAAAGCCGAUGAUGUGUUCCACGCUAUAGGUCAUGGAGGUUCCCCAGGUCCAUUUUCGUCUACAGUGCCAUACUAAAAAGAUUUGAAGUUACUGUUUUCUUAUUUUAUAUUUCUUGUUAAAUUCAAGGAAGGGUACUGGGGAGAGGUCUCCCCUCCCCAGAGAAUUUCUAUGUUUCUUAUUUUGGUAUUUAAAGCGAGGGGAGGGGUUUAGGGAGUGGUCUCCCCUCCCCAGUUCCUAGAAGAUCAUUCCAAAUGCAAUAAUUUAAGCAGUAGUCUUCCUUUUGUUACCCAAGUUUCAACAUACGGGUAAUUUGAUUUCAACUAAUCAAAAUACAGCAAUUAUGACGGGCAUCUUUUUUUUCACCAGGGUUGGGUCUUGGGGUAUCAGCAAGGAUUUGUUUCUUUUUUCCUUUCUUUUGAAACAUGUAAGUUGAAUUUUAAUACAAAUUAAUGGAAAAUUUCAUUUCAAUAUACUUCAUAGUAACCGUAUCAUUUAUGACGCGAGUAAUGCUCAAUAAAGAACAUGAAUUUUAUAACACACAUCGUUCGGGUCCUUCAAUGAAUAGAUCUUUUCACCUUAAGUCCAGUUUUGGGAUUCCCCAAUCUGACGUCACUGCGCUUAGCAUGACAUGAGAAAACUCUUUGCAAAACUCAUACCCUAAACACAAAAUUUUAGUGACUUAGUGUCUUAAAUGAAGAGAAUACAACCAAUGAUCAUAUUAUAGAAUAUUGAAUUAUUUACUUAUCACUAUUAUCACCUCUUUCAUGAUUUCAUGGAUACUUAAAUCCCAUGCUUGGUCGGUUUGAAUUAUCAAAUGCUACUACACUAAUUGUAACUUAACCAAGUAAUUUGUUCAAUUCUUAAGUGUUAAAAGUUAACAGUUUUACAGCUAAGCGAUUAAGCAGAUUACUUUUAAUGGGCCUCACAUCAGACAAUGCCAUUUAACUGUCAUGUAUUUAGUUUUGAAAUUAUACUGUGUAGGUAAUUCAUUAUAUUAUUUCAAUAGUGAUAGUAAUUAUAGGGAAAACUAUUUGGGUUACGGGGGUUGGGCCUAUGGUAAACCAUUUUUUAUACAAUAUCUGGUCAAGAAAUAAAAGCAUGGGCUACUCUUUGUCUCCCAAACAUUUAAGACUUGGGCUCAGUUGGGAAAUUAGACUCUAAACGUUACCAUAACAAGCCAACCCUCAUCUGCAAAAUUACUUUAAUGUAACCAGUAAAGUAACUAGAGGCAUGCCAUUGAAUGAUCACUUAAAACAAUGGGUGAUAUCCUCCCAAGAGUUGAUGGGUAUAAAACUGUGUCGGGGAAACUGGUCAUCACACAUGAUUAAUUAGGAGACAUAAUUUUAUGCCUUUUUUAUACUUGGGUAAUUACAAGAUAAGUUGUCUAAAAAUCAUGCUGAUCUUAAAAAGUAUCAGAGAAGUUGCCGCUGCCCCACUCCUACAAACUAUUUUGCUAGUGCAUGUCAUUUAUUUUUGAUAUCCUAGUUAUGCCACUGAUCGGAUUUACACCUAGGGAACAUUUUCAAUAGGCAGAUUAACUUACUAAGUUGAUUACAGAUUAAUUAGGAUUGGUUGAUUAAAUGCUGAUUAAUUUAGUGAUACCUCUUUCCUUUGAUCUUUCCUAUUGCUAACAGUGUGCCACAGGACUGCCAGAUUUACUGUGUGAUGUCUAUAGAUAUGUUUAUUGUUAAUAAGAAUACUUUUUUUUUAAAGGUUCUCUAUGAUUUUAUACACAAAUAAGAGAAAUAAUGAACACAUUUUUUGCAGGUUGGUAGGAUGUUUUAGCAAGGGUGUGUGUGCUGAUGUCAAUGGGUCAGUGCCUUUCUCCGUGUUGUGAGAAGCAGGGGCUGAACAGUCCAGUGGGCAGCUUAGGAGACCCUGGUCACUCUAAUCAUUCUCACACUCACUACAUUGCUGGCAUUCCUGUCUCAGACAACGGUUGUGGGGAGCCCAAUCCGCCUGUGACUACACCAAGUUCUGAGUGGAAAAUGUUCACACCUUAUCCCAAAUUGCCACCCAUAAAAAAGCAAGGGAUCCAUGCUGAUGCAAAGCGCUUAUCCCUAAUUUCUAGAGAAGUAUCUGAGGCCAAAAUUCUCUCCCUGUUUGAACUCUAUAGGGAUAAAAAUGAAGAUUGCAUAUUAGCUGAUGGUAUAGAAAGAUUUUGCAUGGAUUUAGAGGUGAAACCUGAAGAAUUUAUAGUUUUAAUAUUGGCAUGGAAAUUCGGAGCAGAGACCAUGUGUGAGUUUUCUCGUGCUGAAUUCUCUCAGGGAUGCAAAGCUAUGCGGGUUGAUUCACUCAAAGGUAUACAAAAUAAAUUUCCUGACCUUUUAAAUGAAGUCCGUGAUAAACAAGUUUUUAAGGAUUUAUAUCGUUGGACCUACAAAUUUGGCCUGGACAGUGCAUCUGGUCAGAGAACGUUACCCACUGAUAUGGCAAUUAGUUUGUGGAAGCUUGUGUUUUCUCAAAAUGAGCCUCCCGUUCUUCAUCGUUGGCUUGAGUUCUUGGAAAAGCAUACCAGCAUCAGAGGAAUCCCCAAAGACACCUGGGAUAUGUUUCUUAACUUUACAGAACAAGUGGGUGAAGACCUUAGCAGCUAUGAUGACACUGAGGCUUGGCCUAGUUUGUUGGAUGACUUUGUAGAAUUUGAAAAUGAUCGACACAAUCAGAAUGUAACAGCUGACUGAUAAUUGAUUGAUACCUCUUUCUUUUGAUCAUUUACAUAAUUUUGGUGUGAUAAUUAUUUGAUGAGCAUCUGAUAUUUCUUGAUUUUUUAAUUUUUUUUUUGUGGUAACAUUUUUGUCAUAAUUUUUUAAAUUAAAUAUCAAUCUACAAAUCACUGAGCCAAAAAAAUUAAGAAUUAAUGAAACACAUUUAUAGGCAUUUGAAGUGAAAAACAAUGUAUAACAUGCACAAAAUUUAAAUUGGUAAGUAUUUGAUCAGUUUUUAAUUAAAAAUAAUAUUCAUAUGUGAAUAAUAAUCUUUUGGAUUUUCACAUUCUGAUGAGGUGAAUUGACUGAUAUAUUUAUUCUCUAAGUAAUAAGUAUUAGCUUAAAUUUUAAUUACUUGUAGUCAUUUUUCAAUGCUGAUAUUGUUAUAAUUUUAAUUGUUAAAAUUAUCAAAAUUUGUGAAUUAACAAAAUGAUUAUGAUCUAGUUAUUGGAUAAUUAACAUUUAUGAACUUGAAAUCAUGGACAGAAUUUUCAAACAUUUAUGUCCCUCCCCCAAAUCUUUUAGGAGGACUUGAAAAAAAUCUGGCCCCCGCCCCGUACAAACUAAAAAGGAAAAUGAAGCCAUCAUUUAUAAUAUUAAUACAUUUUGUUUUCAGCAGCUAGAUAAACUCAUUUUAAUUAAAACAAACAAACGUCAUAUUUAUAUUGAAAUAUUUUUCAUUUGUUUUUUACAUUUUAUUUUUUAAAAGAAAAAUUUAUCAAACUUUUGACCCAAUAUAUCCUUUCUGUCCAAAGAACAAGGUUAUAGUUACAAGAAAAUUAAAUUGAUUUUCUUUAUU